AUGACCGAAAAUUCUGAUAACAAUAUAGCUCCUCCUAUUGUUUCAUCUAAUACUCCUACACCAAAAACAAGUAGAAAACCAAAAUCUAUCGUAUGGGGGGAUCAUAUUAAGCAAGGAAAGUCAAUUUCCAAAGGACAUUGGAAUGCAACAUGCAAUUAUUGUAACCAAGUUUGGUACAAAGGUUCUCCUGCUGCUCUCGAAGACCACUUAGGUAAUUUAUGUAAUAACGUGUCACCGGAUGUUCGUGACCUAUUUUUAAACCAGUUAGCAGCAAAGGCACUUGAAGUUGAUACAUCAAAAUCAAAGAAACGAAAACUUGGCAAUCAGUCAAAUCAAGCACAACUUUCAGAUUUUAUCGAAA